GUGGCCGGCGGUGCCGGGGGUCCCUGAGAGGAGAUCCUGAGGAGUUCCGCUCGUCCCUCCCGCCUUGUCCUCAGCAGCCUCCGCUGGGCAACCCCGGGGGCUCUGCCCGGCUUUGUGCGGUGAAACCGGCCCGGCCGUGGCUGCGGGCAGCGGGGCGAGGGGGCUGAGGGGGCAGAGACAGCCCGGGCCAGCCCUGCCCUGCCCUGCCCUGCCCGGGUGUCCGGCCGAGGGUGACAGGGACAGGAAAGAGGCGGUCACUGCCCUCAGCUCUCCCCCGGAAGCAGGCGCUGUAAAUCCUGAAUCCUCCAUUCCCAUGGCUGGGUGCCGAGGAGCUGCCUGAUGGUUCCAGGACAGGCUGAUGCUCUUUUGCCAGGAGAGAGAUGGGGAAAAGGUACUUCUGUGACUACUGUGACAGGUCCUUCCAGGACAACCUGCACAACAGGAAGAAACACCUCAGUGGAGUGCAGCAUCUCCGGGCCAAGAGACUCUGGUACGACUCAUUCCGAGAUGCUGCUGCUAUCCUGCAGGAAGAGCAAACCAAGAAACCCUGUCGGAAGUUUCUGCAAACAGGACAGUGUGAUUUUGGGUCCAACUGCAGAUUUUCCCACAUGACAGAGCAGGAGCUGGAGAAGCUGAGUGCCCAGGUUCAGGGGGAGAAGAGGCUGAAGGAGCUGCAGAGGGAGGGAGCAGAUAUCCCACCUGGCACCAUCGAGGACUGGCUGGAGAAGAGAGCGCAGAGGCUGAGCGCAGCUCAGAGUAACAGCAGCCGCAGUGAUCCGUCGCCGCUGCGGCAGAGCAGGGACGCGGCUGGGACCCCGCUCCUGCAUCCCGCCUGCGCCGGCACCGGGAGCUGCCAUUCCAAACCUGCCCCGAGAAAUCCGUUCUGCCGAUUCCCAUUAAAAUUAAUUGAGCAGCUUUGAAACGCUGAGCUUGGGGGAUGGCGUUAUUCCUUUUAUCUAUUUUUUUCUUUUACAUUAUUGUAUUUUCUAGCAAAUUAAAUUGUCCUCGGUUUGGUUUUUUUUGUUUUUUGGGGUUUUCUUUUCUUCUCUUAUGUUUAUUCACAGUGUCUAUAAUAGACCUGGUUAAAAAUAAAUAUAUAUAUAUAUAUAUAAACACAGAUGUCUCCAAGGCCACGUGGCUCCUUUGGAAAUGCCACUCCGUAAAAAAUCUAAACUUUCUGUGGGGAGAUGGAUGAAAUUUCAUUACGGAUGCGGAGCCUCCCGCACUUUGCGAGGCGGCCGGAAUGAUUUCAUUGCCGUGGAGCCCUUCCCAUUUCCAUUUCUCAUUUGGACAUUUGCUUCAAUUUGUUUGAUAAAUUAAGAAGAUCAAAAAAAAGGCCCCACCCAAACCCCAGUUCCUCCUGGCAUCCCAAAAAUGGGGUGUCCCUUCCAUGGUGCUGCAGGGUGGAAAUUCCCAUGCCGGUGCAAAGAAAUGCAUUUUCUUUGGGAACAGCCAGGGAGUUGAAUGGGGGAUGUCCCAGCCCCGGUGUUUUGGGAUGGGCUCCUCCAGCCCCAUUCCCAUUGGAAGUGCCCCAUAAUGGGGGAGCAGCAGCUUUGCCUGAUUCUCUCCCAGCCCCAGGCAAUUCCCCUGUUUUUAUUUAUUCCUUUAAUCGCUUUGCCAUUAAAAAUGCAUCGCUGGGGGCUCGGGGAGGGCUAUCCAUUAGAUGGGAAUGGGCUCCCACAGUGCACACAGAUGUGAGGCCGUGACAUUCCCAAUGUCCCUCAGCUUGGGGGGCUCACACCAGGGCCAGUGGUGUAAAUCAGGAGUAACAGGGUGCUCCCCACCACCAGCCUUGGGGCAGGAUCCCAGCUUGGCCCUGGAUCUGUGACUCUGUGGAGCCUCUCUGAGCGCCCCAGACACAUCCUGGUCCCUGCUGGAAUUACUGUUAAUCCAGAUGAAUGCACUUCUGGGAAGGGGCUUGGGCAGAGCGUCCUCCGCAUCGAGGCAAAGGGGAGUGGAACAUUCAUCAAACCCAACAUAAAAUAUCAGAGCACAAGAUGUGGAGAGGGGGAUAAAACCACUGGGAUCCGUGGGAAAAGGCAGGACCUAAAGCCGGAUCCACAGCAGGACGUGGGAGCUGCUGGGAAGGAGCCAAGUCCUGCUACCCCAAAGUUUAGGGAUGCUCCAGCCCCUGGAGUCUUGGGUGUCACAACCCCCCAACCAGUGCCCACCUCCCGUUUCAGGAGGACUCAGCAGCACCCACGGGUGUUCCCUGGGCCCCACCCCAUCACCCUCCACCCUGGCAUCUCCAGGAGCCCCCGCAGCCCAGAGCGCUUCAGAAAUCCCAGUUUUAUUUCAGAUCGGAAACAACCAACCAGGAAGAACAAAAAAAACCCCAAAAAAACAAACAAACAAACAAAAAAAAAAACACCACCCCAAAACCCCCAAAAACUCCAAAGAAUGAGAAACAGCCCCAAAUCCGAACCAGUCCGUGCCCAGGUGGGUGCUACAUACAGGCUGGGGGGUUCGGGGCGUGCGGGGCUCCCCGGCCUCGGGGUGGCUCCGGCUCUUCCCAAGGGGGGUCGGCUCAAAGUGCAUCAAGCAGGAGGUCAGGAGUGUCCCCGCA